AUGGCUGAGUACGAAGCUUGCAUUCUUGGUUUGAAAAUGGUCGUUAACAUGAAUGUUUACGAGUUACUGGUUAUUGGAGAUUCAGACCUUUUGAUUCAUCGGGUUCAAGGAGAAUGGGUUGUGAUGAACCUGAAGAUUGUACCUUACGUUCAAUAUGUGCAAAAUCUGUAUACUGAUUACAUCGAUCCGCUGGAUAUAGAUUUGAAGGAACACCUAGUCUAUUGUUCACACGUUGAGUCCGAACAAGAUGGUUUGCCUUGGUAUUUUGACACAAAGAAAUACUUGGAGUCUGGGGCAUAUCCAGAAGACGCUACAUCUAAUCAGAAGAAGUCGAUACGUCGUAUGGCUCUCAAUUUCUUUCUGAAUGGAGAAGUCCUGUAUAGGAGGACUCUGGAUUUGGGUCUUUUAAGAUGUGUGGAUGCUGCUGAAGCUGUGAGGCUUAUUGAACAGAUACAUGCUGGAGUUUGCGGUACACACAUGAAUGGACUUACUUUGGCGAGAAAAGUUCUUCGAGCUGGUUAUUUCUGGAUGACUAUAGAGAAUGACUGUUGCAAAUUCGUGCAAAAAUGCCACAAAUGUCAAGUACACGGCGAUCUGAUACGGGUGCCACCUCACGAACUCAAUGCUAUGAGCUCGCCUUGGCCAUUUGUAGCUUGGGGAAUGGAUGUCAUCGAAUCCAUCAUUACUGAUAACGGUGCAAAUCUCAAUAGUCAUCUGAUGAAAGAGAUAUGUGAACAAUUUAAGAUUUUUCACCAGAGGUCAACUGCUUAUCGCCCUCAAAUGAACGGAGUUGUAGAGGCCGCCAAUAAGAAUAUUAAGAAAAUUUUGAGGAAAAUGAUUGACAAACAGCGAGGUUGGCAUGAAAUGUCAUCAUAUGCUCUACUAGGUUAUCGAACAACGGUCAGAACAUCGACUGGGGCUACUCCAUACUUGCUAGUAUAUGGAACAGAGGCAGUCGUACCUGUUGAAGUCGAGAUACCGUCAUUGAGGAUCAUCCAAGAAGCUGAGUUAAGCAACACUGAGUGGGUUAGCAAACGGAUUUAUCAACUAGCUUUGAUUGAUGAGCAGAGGAUGGUCGCUGUUUGCCAUGGCCAAUUGUAUAGACAGAGGAUGACUCGCGCUUUUCACAAAAGAAGUCGGGAAGUCGGGAAAUCAACUGGAGAUAUCAAGACCAGGAGCAAGCAACUGGAGGAAUCGACACAGAUCAUCGGCCGAAUUAUCCCGACGGAUGAAUACGGAGAGCUCCCGAAGAGGAGAAAACUAUCUCCAAAAUCAGUGAUCUUACUAAAAGCAGGAGGCAAUCCGUAUAGUUUGUGCCAAGAUGCUUGUGAAUGCGUUUGUUUAUUUCAAACCAUUCUUAACAAUGUGAAAUUUGCAAAAGUGUCUAGACAGAUUCAAAGGUGA